AUGCGGGAGAGGACCGGCUUCUCUUGCAUGGCAUCUCGUCUUCGACCGUCUUGUCCGGUUUUGCUGACAAAAACUGCACAGGUCUCACCGGAAGUACGAGGCGCCUCGCCACGGUUCGCUCGCUUACCUUCCCCGGUACGAUUUUCUCCAGAAGACAUCUCUGCGCCAUUGCUUCGAAGAUCCAGGUCCACUGACAAUUGGUAUAGGAAGCGGAGUGCUAGCCACCGCGGUCGGGUCAAGUCAUUCCCCAAGGAUGACCCGAAGAAGCCGGUCCACCUGACUGCUACGCUCGGCUACAAGGCCGGCAUGACGACGAUUGUCCGCGACCUCGACCGUCCGGGUGCCAAGUCGCACAAGAAGGAGGUGGUGGAGGCUGUGACCAUCGUGGAUACCCCGCCUAUGAUCGUCGUGGGCCUUGUCGGCUACAUCGAGACGCCGCGUGGCCUGCGCUCGCUCACCACUGUGUGGGCUGAGCACUUGGGCGACGAGCUCAAGCGCCGGUUCUACAAGAACUGGUACAAGAGCAAGAAGAAGGCCUUUACCAAGUACGCCAAGAAGCACUCGGAGAGCAAGGGCGUGUCGAUCACGCGCGAGAUUGAGCGGAUCAAGAAGUACUGCACGGUUGUGCGCGUGCUGGCACACACCCAGAUUCGCAAGACGCCGCUGAAGCAGAAGAAGGCGCACUUGAUGGAGAUCCAGAUCAACGGCGGCUCCACGGCCGACAAGGUCGAGUUCGGCCAGGGCCUGUUCGAGAAGCCCUUCUCGGUCGACAGCAUCUUCGAGCAGGACGAGGUCAUCGACGUCAUCGCCGUCACCAAGGGCCACGGCUUCGAGGGUGUCACCGCCCGUUGGGGCACCAAGAAGCUACCGCGCAAGACCCACAAGGGUCUGCGCAAGGUCGCCUGUAUCGGUGCCUGGCACCCGGCCCACGUGCAGUGGACUGUUGCCCGUGCCGGUCAGCGCGGUUACCACCACCGGACGUCGGUUAACCACAAGAUCUACCGCAUCGGCAAGGGCGGUUCCGACGACAACGCGUCGACCGACCUUGACGUAACCAAGAAGACCAUCACUCCCCUCGGUGGCUUCGUCCGGUAUGGCGAGAUCAACAACGACUUCGUCAUGGUCAAGGGCUCCAUCCCGGGUACCAAGAAGCGCGUCGUCACCCUGCGCAAGUCUCUCUUCACGCACACGUCGAGAAAGGCGCUCGAGAAGGUCACGCUCAAGUGGAUCGACACCUCGUCCGAGUUCGGUCACGGUGCCUUCCAGACAAAACAGGAGAAGACCCAGUUCCAGGGCACGCUCAAGAAGGACCUCGAGACCAGCGCAUAA